AUGAUGCGGUUCAACCGUGCCAACCCCCACCUCAAAUUCAUUCUCCCCACCGCCCCCAAGAGACCUGUGACGAUCAGUUACGGGCAGCGCAUGCCGGCGUGGUACGACAUAAAGACGCUCUCGUCGCGCGACCACGAGGACUUUGACGGUCUCCCCGAGUCGAGCCAGCGAAUCGAGAAGCUGAUCAAAACGGAGAUCGAGAACGGCAUACCCGCCUCGCGCAUCGUUGUCGGCGGCUUCAGCCAGGGUGCUGCGCUUUCGCUCUACACUGGGUUCCGGCUGUCUGAGCGACUGGGAGGCAUCAUCGCCAUGAGCGGCUACUUGCCCAUUCGAGAACAGAAGAGCCAGGAUUAUAUCAACACCAUCACCGACCUGUCGAAGGAGACUCCGCUGCUGAUGUGCCACGGCACCGCCGACAACGUUGUGCGCUACGAGUGGGGCCAAAAGUCGUUCGCGCUGCUCAAGUCUGGUGGAGUUCAAAAGGCGACGCUGCGGUCAUACCCCAACAUGCAGCACUCGGCGUGCGUCGAGGAGCUGGCCCACAUCCAGGAGUUCCUCGCCGAGGUGCUCCCGCCGCUGCCCGCCGACGACGACCGCAAGGAGUGA